AUGGUUGCAAAUGAUUUAUGGGAAGAACCGAAUGAACCAGUAACUAGGUUUGAUGGUACACCAAGAUUAGAUUCAUUUUUUAAUAAGGAUGGAUUAUUAUUAAGAACAUAUUCAUGGACAGUUAAGAAAGCUGUGGGUAUUAUUGUGUUAUUACAUGGUUUGAAUGCUCAUGUGAGAUUACAAUUUUUAAAACAAAAUGUAGAAGUGGUAAGUAAUGAUGAAGUAAUAUUAAAAGAUAUAGAUAAUUAUUAUGUAUAUAAAGAUAGUUGGAUAGAGAAAUUAAAUGAUAAUGGUUUCUCAGUUUAUGGUAUAGAUUUACAAGGUCAUGGGAAAUCAGAUGGAUGGAAUAAUUUAAGAACAAAUAUAAAUUUUUUUGAUGAUUUAAUAUAUGAUGUUAUGCAAUAUAUUGAGAAAAUUAAUGAAGAUAUAUCAUUAGAAUAUAAAAAUGAAUCAAAUAUGAAUGAAUUAAAUAUGAAUGAAUCAAAUAUGAAUGUAUCAAAUAUAGACUCAUCAAAUACAGAUUCGUCAUAUAAUAAUAUUAAUAAUGAUGAUAAUGAGAAACCACCAAUAUAUUUAAUGGGGUUAUCAUUAGGGGGUAAUAUAGCUUUAAGAACCUUAGAAAUAUUAGGAAAAACAAGUGAUUAUGAAAAAUAUAAUAUAAAAGGAUGUAUAUCCUUAGCAGGGAUGAUUUCUAUUGAGGAAUUACAAUCUAAUUGUUCAUAUAAAUAUAGAUAUUUUAUUGUACCCUUUUCGAAAUUAAUAUCCUCUUGUUUUCCUUCAUUUAGAUUACCACAAAAUUUUAAAUUUCAGAAAUUUCCUUAUGUAAAUGAUCUUAUUAAUUAUGAUACUUAUAGACAUGAUAAAUGGAUAACAAUUAAAUUUGGACGACAAAUUUUACGUUCUAUAAAAAAUUUAAAUAAUGACAUGAAAUAUAUACCAAAAGAUAUUCCUAUACUCUUUAUACAUUCUGUAGAUGAUAGUGCUUGUUAUUAUAAUGGUGUGAUUAAUUUCUAUGAUGCUUUAGAAUCAGAAAAUAAAGAAGUUCAUACUUUAUAUGAUAUGGACCAUAUUUUGACUAUGGAACCUGGGAAUGAAGAAGUAUUGAAAAAAGUAAUUAAUUGGAUAAAUAAUUUAGGUAAUUUAAAGAAAAAUAAGAAAAUUGUACUUUGA